GCAUGCAUUGAUCUGAAGGCUGCUGCCAUUUUCACUAUAGUCGCAGCUUGUGUUUUUUUGCUCCAUCAUCUGGGCAAGUGUGACCAUCCUUUGUUGUCUAAGCAGACAGACCCAAGCCACCUUCUGAGCAACUUGGAGGAGGUCAAGACCUCAGACGCCGACGGAAUCACGGGGGCUCCAGUCCCCGCGCCAGUAACUGAGGCCAACAAUGCCACAGCCCAAGUUGAGUUGAGUCCGCCAGUCCUUGUUGCUCAAACAGAUCCGCCUAUAGCGAUAACAGACUUCCCGCUCCUCCAUGUGUUCGAACCGCCAGUCGGCCCUCGGUGGAUGGGUCUCCCGCUGCCACUAUGUCCUCACGAGUCUUGCUACGGCCGCUGCGAUGAAAAGGGGAACUCGGCGGCGGACUAUAUUACAGCUCGUGGGUUGGACAGACGCGACAGGCCGCCCUCCUGCAUGUGUGACGCUCAGUGUCACGUGAUAGGCGACUGCUGCCGUGAUGCGUUCUCCGUGUGUCGAGGCGCCAAGUCGCCCUCCUUGGUUCUGCAGACGACAGUCUCGCCCCGCCUGCCCCCUCUCUGGGACUCCAGGCUUGGCCUACAGAACCACGCUCUUUUCUACAAUCUCUACGGAUCCUGUGUGGCCACAACCUUCAGGCUAGGCGCAGAGAUCGAGAAUCUUUGGAUGUGGCUGGUGUCCAGGUGUCCGGACAACUUCCAUGACGUCACCAUGGACAAUAUCAGGGGUCAGUGUGAGAACGGUCCCCAGCGAAAAGUUUUCUCUCACCCCGUGUCCAUCAAGUGGUCCCAAACUCUUCAUUUUAAGAACAUUUUCUGCGCCAUAUGCCAUGGGAUCAACUUUAGAGAUCUUAUGUUUUGGUCAGUGGAAGUCAACUGUCCUCUCCCAAUCAGCCCAGACAUGCCUUUCUCAGUCAAAGACUUCCUGGACAUCCUCGGCGGCUUUCGGGAUUGUCAAAACUAUCAAUUUCCUCGAAUUCCAGACUUCGCCAUCCCUAGACAUUGCAAGGCUGUUUCUCACCCCCGCCAUUGUUCUUUACAGGACCAUGACGUAAACAAUCUAAAUACGAUACCUAAUCCUCCGGAAGUAGAUAAUGACGCUUCAUUUGACGUGUACGCUCAUGCGCGGCAACUGUGUCACGCCUACAGCAGUAGGGUCAGCAUUGGCGGGCGAGGCUACGAAAACCCUCACUGCUUCAUCUGUAACAAUGGAAGUGUAGAAGACGUCCCGGAGCGCUAUCUCUGUGGGUUCCAAAUGUUUUCAGCCAUUCAUUUAGCCCCGCUGUUCAACCUCACCGCACUGUUGGACUUUGUCGAUGGAAACCUACAAGUGGAAACGGUUGGUGAUCCCCGCAAGCAUGUGCUGAGACCCUCAAACUACUGCGACAUAGACGACCCCAUCAACGUAUUUCUCUCAUCGUGUUUGCCCCGGACUUGUCUGCCGUGGGACAAGAAGGAGGUCUUUGCCAACUCGACGGAUCGGGAGAAACAGUGCGCCCUUAUAUCAUACCUAUACACCGGCCCGUCUCCCCUCGCCCUGUCCAAUACGACUUCACGAGGCCGCCCCGUCCUCUGGGUGGCCAUCACCUUCAGGAGCGUCAGCGUCAGCCUCGUGGACAUGUUCCAGAGACUCCAGGAGUCCUUCAGUCAUGUGACACAGCACUUCUCCACGGUGCGGCCUCCCUCUCCCGAGUUUUCCUCAAUGUGCAGCGAACACGGACAUGAUGUGGGAGAGGGUCACGUGACACUGAGGGUCGCUGUGACGCAAGAGGAGCAUUUGAGCACCACGAUGUACGCGUUGGCCGAAGCCACGAGCAGCAUGGAUCUGCCUCCUUUCUCCCAGGUACUUGGAAACUUUGAAGUCAGCAACUUCGUGUCGGAGCCAGACGUGUGUUCUGGGGACACUGUGGUGUUCCGGGACGUGCCGGUGGUAGAACUGUACUUGAAGACUUACGCCUUUGUUGAGGAGAUCAACUGCUACUUUGACGUAGAACAGGUCGGCUUCAGAGUGACCUAUGACCCUCGCAAUGAGGUCAGGACCUCCGUGAAGGCGAGCACUCUGGUGUUGUGUGUCACUGAGGAAAUGAUGGCAGCUUGCCCGGCCAUGGUGAUUGAAGGAAGGGAGAAUCCGUACGCCGAUGUCUCCUUCAUCAUCACACCAGACGUGCCUGUGAACGAGUUACCCCGCAUUCCACCAACGGUAAACGGACUCACAAAUAACACGAACGACACUCAGGGGGUGUCUGGUAACAUGCAGCGACCAGCCAACCGCCCAAUAAAUCAGCCCUUCUUGACAGUAAACGCUUUUACGAGUCUGAAACAAAUAUCUGCGAAGAAGAGCAAAGAAAUUCUGGAUUUCCACACGGUUUGUUUCUCAGCGUCGACCCUAGGGCUUGUGCUUUCCCUCGCGUGUGACGUCAGAGCUAACUGGGCUACGAUUGGCGCUCCCAUGUUGCGCUACGUCAACAAACUUGCCGUCUCACUCCUCAUGAUUCUCCAUCUUGUCGCCGUGAGAGGCAAUGACGUCGAGGCCGUUGCCAUGGGCGCUUCGUCUCACUUCCUGUGGGUCUUUUGGUCUCUGUCCUCAUUUACUUUAGCCCUCUCGCAGCAUAGAGUCCCCCACAUGACAGACAACAAGCGAGGGAGAUUUGGUGUCGUCAAAGUGGUCACCGCCCUUUUUCUCAUAUCCUUGUCUGUCGUCGUCGUCUGUCUCGCAGUCGAUUUGGAGGAAGAAUCUGACGAUCAGAUUGACUACUCACAUCUCUCAGAUCACGUGUUUUGGAUGAAAACCAAGAUGGCCGGCUAUACUGCUAUGAUAGGCCUCAAUGGUUUGGUACUUCUUGGGGCACUCGGUCUGUCAUUUGUGGCCUUCGUGAAAGGUUGGCGGUCUGCAGGGCUCCAACCGUCUGUGAAAAUCACAACCGACUACCCUAACCUUGGCAAUGGUUCAGUGGUAGCGCUUUCCACUGUCAUCACCCAAGGGUCGGAGAUCCGAGGUACAGAAAAGGGAAAAGAAGUGAAGGAAGACUUGAAAAACGGAUCUAGUAUCGGUCACGACAAAAAAUCGACCUACGUUGCAGAGAACAUGUACUCGACUCUGGACUAA